AAUCAUUUAUGAUACUUAUCAUAACUCGACUGGCACCUAUAAAUAUUAUAUGAGUUAUAUAUCUUGUAUUUCACACGUCAGUGGCUGACUGACUUCCUCUGAAGAUGCACGCUAACCCUGUUGUUGUCUCGUUGUCUUAGACGCCAAUUCAAGGGACUCAGCCACUUUAGGUAGGUACUCGAUUUCUACGCUCACCUAGGUACCUAUUAGAAUGCCAUUCGACUGUGGGGUGAUCGUCCAUUCAAGUAAGCUUAUUGACGUAACAUUGGUUCUGCGGAGUCGGAAGGAACUAACAUUGUCUAUCUAAGACUAGUUGAACGCUAUGGCCGGAGAAGACCAAAAACUUAGCGUCAUCAUAAUUGGAUCGGGUCUCGCCGGUCUGGUUGCCGCCCGCAUCUUACGAGAGAAGGCCCAGGUUACCGUAUACGAGCGCGGAGAGCCUUCGGUUGCCACAGGCGGCCAAGGAAUCGCAAAUUUCCCCAAUGCCAUCAACAUCAUGAAGCAAUUGGGUUACGACCCAGAACGAUCCGGUUCCGUUCCAAUCCAGGGGUUUAGAACGAGGGACAAGCUCUGCAACAUGAUAUUCGAUACUGGUUUCCCUUUUGAAGAGAAGUACGGUUCGCCAUGUUUGUCUCACAUGAGGGUCGACUUCAGGGCCGAAUUGUUACGUAUCGCCACAGCCCCGUCUAAGGAUCUAGGUAUUGGCGGUGACCCCGCUAAGGUUGUGUUCCGUAACGGCGCGAAGGAUAUAGACCCCGAAGCAGGAGAAGUAACACUAGAUGACGGAACAAAGGUUAAGGCGGAUGUAGUCAUAAUUGCGGACGGCAUCCACUCUCGUUUGCGACCGAAGAUCGUCGGUGAGAACUCUCCUCAGCCCCAGAAGACUGGCUUGACGUGCUGCCGAGUUGCCAUCGACGCCAACAAAGCUAUUGAGGCAUACGGCCGAUUGCCUGAAUGGUGGGAAGAACAGAAGACCAGUGAGAAGCGCAUCACAAUCUACGAGGCCGGCGAUGGUUCUGAUCGCAUCAUGGUCGUAUAUCCUCUUCGUCAUCUCAGUUACAUGAACAUGUCUUGCAUCUAUGCCACCACGGAAGAGAAGGAGAGCACCACCGUGUCCUGGAUGGCUGAUGGUAAUCGCGAAGAGAUGUUGGAGAUCUUCCACGACUUCCACCCAAGUCUAAAGGCGCUUCUAGGUGCGGCGACGGAAGUAAAGGUGUGGGAACUCCAAGACCUGGAGCCACUCGAUACGUGGGUUAAGGGCCGCGCGAUUCUUAUCGGUGAUGCCGCUCAUGCGAUGACGCCGUUGCAAGGUCAAGGUGCCAAUGCUGGUAUCGAGGAUGCUGAGGCAUUUAGGCUCCUGUUAGAACCUGGUGUAACUUCCGACGACGUCCACGGUAUCCUAAAGAGAAUAGAAUCAGUAAGACUACCACGCGCUACUGCCGUUCUCAACAACACACGGGCGAUGAGCCGUGGUAUUAAGGGUGACGAAAGAUAUCAGCGUAUGGAUGAGAACUGUACUUACCAUGGCAUCUACAAAGCUCUUGAAGAUUUCGAGAAAGUCAAGUAAAGCAUAUUUGGAGUUGGGAAUCCCCUAGGGCCAUGAGCGUUGGUAUUUGUUAUCGUUUAGAGAAGAAUGAGCUGAAUGAUGAUUAACAUGACAUAGAUGUUUAGAU